AUAAAAACAGUGUCGUUUCACUGAAAGGUUUUAUGCAGUGUAAAACCUCAGCUCGCAGGAAAGCAGCGAAUUUGUGAACUUCAGAGAAAAAUCGGUCGUCAAUGGCGUCUGCUCUAUGUAGAACUGCAAGCCGUCUUCGUUCCAUCCAAAAUUUUCGUCGGAUUCGCGUCUCGAGCGAUCUACUAUCGGCAUCGUCUCCUUCUCCGGCGUGCAUCUCCGACGCGCUUCGUCAUGGAGAUUUCUCUCUUCCUCGAUCGUUUUUUUCACUUAACUGUGGAAUUGAAUUGAUGAAGAUGGAUCAGAGAUGUUUGCUGAGUACUUCUGCUUCUGAUACUACCUCGAAACCUGACUCCGGUAAAUCGGAAACAAAAUCUUCCGAUAAGAAUGAGAAAUCUGGAGGAUCAGAGAGUUCUGAUGGUGGUUCAGAUCAGAAAAACGAGCGUGCUUCUGGAAAAGACGUUCGUGGAGGGCCGGUUUCAUGGAUGAGCUUUUUCUUGCUGUUUGCUACUGGAGCUGGAUUGGUCUACUAUUAUGAUAGAGAAAAGAAACGUCAUAUCGAAGAUAUAAAUAAGAAUUCUAUAGCCGUCAAGGAGGGACCAUCUGCAGGAAAAGCAGCCAUUGGAGGACCAUUCAACCUUAUAAGAGACGAUGGGAAACGUGUGACGGAGAAAGACUUGAUGGGAAAAUGGUCCAUCUUAUACUUUGGUUUCACUCAUUGUCCCGAUAUCUGUCCUGACGAGCUUAUUAAGUUAGCUGCUGCCAUUGACAAAAUAAAGGAAAAUUCGGGAGUAGACGUGGUGCCAGUGUUUAUCUCUGUGGAUCCUGAAAGAGACACAGUUCAGCAAGUACAUGAAUAUGUCAAAGAAUUUCACCCGAAAUUGAUCGGGUUAACCGGGAGCCCUGAAGAAAUCAAAUCGGUGGCCCGAUCUUACCGGGUUUACUACAUGAAGACUGAAGAGGAAGAUUCAGACUAUCUCGUUGAUCACUCUAUAGUCAUGUACUUGAUGAGUCCGGAGAUGAAUUUUGUGAAAUUUUACGGGAAGAAUCACGAUGUUGACUCGUUGACUGACGGCGUUGUAAAAGAGAUCCGACAGUACCGGAAGUAAAGAGCCUUCUUUGCAGUACACUUAGGUGAUUAAUUUACAUUAUUCCCAUUUUUGGAAGUUCACCAUUAAUAAGAAUUCUCAGUACAC